GCCGCUGCAAUAGAGUGCCCGGACUGGCACCAACUUUUCCUGCUGUCACUCUGCAACUAUGACUUUUGCGUAAUCGUCCGCCAGGGAACGGGAUCCUUGCAGGAUCCUGGACGAGAAGGAAAGGAGAGAAGUUGCCUAUAGUGCUGGGGCGGGGGAAAACGCAGCAGAGACAAUCAAGUGAUUUUAAGAUUUGUUUUUUUCUUUGUCAGAAUUACAAGUCCAGAAUCACUUGCGGUGAACCGGCGGUGGACGCCCCAAAGUAGGGAAUGGUCUCAAAGAUGAGUUUAAUGUCUGCCUUAGACACAAGUGCCUCUGUUUACCAACCGGCGCAACUUUUAAACUGGGUUUACCUCUCUUUACAAGACACCCACCAGACUAGUGCCUUUGAUGCUUUCAGACCAGAAUCCAACUCUUCCCAUCCGGACCAGAACUACAACAAUAAGCAACCGAUUAAUGAUGUCAACUCGUCAUCGCUCAACUCCAACUAUCUCAACAACUUUUUGCAUCUUCAGAGGAUCGAGGGCUUGAAUAAUGGUGUGUACAAGAACACGUCUCCCUAUGGAUCCCUCAACAACAUCGUGGAGGGCCUGAACUCCCUGACGGACCACUUCUCGGACCUCUCCCUCUCGUCUGAACCUCGGAAACCCAGCAAGCGACCACCGCCCAACUACCUGUGCCACCUCUGCUUCAACAAGGGACACUAUAUCAAAGACUGCCCACAGGCUCGUCCCAAAGGAGAGGGCCUGACGCCGUACCAGGGGAAGAAGCGUUGCUUUGGAGAGUACAAGUGCCCCAAGUGCAAGAGAAAGUGGAUGAGCGGCAACUCUUGGGCCAACAUGGGCCAGGAAUGCAUCAAGUGCCACAUCAAUGUUUACCCACACAAGCAGCGGCCAUUGGAAAAGCCUGACGGACUGGAUGUGUCUGACCAAAGCAAGGAGCAUCCCCAGCACCUGUGUGAGAAGUGCAAGGUGCUGGGGUACUACUGCCGUCGGGUGCAGUGACCUCUCCAGCCAGAACCCCCCACCCCCCUCCUCCUGACCAACCUCUACUACCCACAGGCAACAGCGACUGUUUACUCACCCAAGUGCUUUCUGCCGACGUGAAAGGAUAGGUGGCGGUUCAGUUCAUUCACUUGUUAAUUCAGCUUUAACGCAUCACCUUGACUUGUGUGCAGUGUGUGUGUGCACAGAA